GUUUCUUUGGUUAAAUUAAAAAAAAAAAAAAGAUUAGAUCUUUGUAUAAUGUAUUCUUAGUUGUGAUAUUUUGUUGUUUCUGUGAGAUAUAUAUCAGAGGUUUUAGGCUUUAUUGCAUAUAUUUGUUUCAAGAUUGGGUAUUUUUUCUUAGCAAGGAAAGAAUUAUUCUUAUGUUUUUACUAUUUGAGGAGCUUAAGGUCAAUAUGGUAGCAAAAGCCUUUCUCGUUGCUAUUUUCCUUUUAUCGCUGUUAUUUUCUUUGGCCUUCUCCACAUCAAAUGAUGGCUUGGUUAGAAUUGGUUUGAAAAAGAUCAAACUUGAUCAGAACAACAGACUUGCUGCUCGCCUCGAAGCCAAGGAAGGGGAGGCGUUGAGGGCCUCUAUUAGGAAGUACAACUUCCGUGGUAAUCUUGGGGCGUCCGAGGAUACUGACAUUGUAGCACUGAAGAACUAUAUGGAUGCUCAGUACUUUGGAGAAAUUGGUGUAGGCACUCCCCCUCAGAAAUUCACUGUGAUCUUCGAUACUGGUAGCUCUAAUUUGUGGGUGCCUUCAUCAAAGUGCUACUUCUCAGUCCCCUGCUUUUUCCACAAAAAGUAUAAGUCAAGCCAAUCAAGUACUUAUGAGAAAAAUGGGAAGUCUGCUGCAAUACAUUAUGGCACUGGAGCAAUAUCUGGAUUCUUUAGUGAAGAUAGCGUCAAAGUCGGUGACCUUGUUGUAAAAAAUCAAGUGUUCAUCGAGGCAACCAGAGAACCUAGUGUGACAUUUUUGGUAGCCAAGUUUGAUGGUAUAUUGGGUCUUGGAUUCCGUGAGAUUGCUGUUGGAAAUGCUGUUCCAUUAUGGUACAACAUGGUCAAACAGGGUCUUGUCAAGGAGCCUGUCUUCUCAUUUUGGCUCAACCGAAACAAAGAGGAAGAGAAAGGCGGUGAAAUUGUGUUUGGUGGGGUUGAUCCUAACCACUUUAAGGGAAAACACACUUACGUCCCAGUCACUCGGAAAGGUUAUUGGCAGUUUGAUAUGGGUGAUGUUCUGAUCAAUGGUGAACCUACUGGUUACUGUGAGGGUGGAUGUUCUGCAAUAGCGGAUUCGGGAACUUCUCUCUUGGCUGGUCCAACGACUGUAAUCACUAUGAUUAAUCAUGCCAUUGGGGCCGCUGGAGUUGUUAGCCAACAAUGCAAAGCUGUUGUUCAACAGUAUGGGCAAACAAUAAUGGAUAUACUUUUAACGGAGGCAAACCCAAAGAAAAUUUGUUCACAAGUUGGAUUAUGCACCUUUGAUGGAACUCGAGGCGUAAGCAUGGGAAUUGAAAGUGUUGCAGAGGAGAAUGCUGGCAAAUCGGCAGGACUGCACGAUGCUAUGUGCUCUGCUUGUGAAAUGGCUGUUGUGUGGAUGCAGAACCAACUAAGACAGAACCAAACUCAGGAUCGCAUUUUGAACUAUGUGAAUGAGCUUUGCGAGCGACUUCCAAGCCCAAUGGGACAAUCAUCUGUUGAUUGUGGAAAGCUUUCCGGCAUGCCUAGUGUUUCUUUCACAAUCGGUGGCAAAACAUUUGACCUCGCACCUGAGGAGUACAUUCUCAAGGUGGGCGAGGGUGCGGCUGCACAAUGUAUUAGUGGCUUCACUGCCUUGGAUGUUCCUCCACCCCGUGGUCCUCUCUGGAUCUUGGGGGAUGUCUUCAUGGGUCGAUAUCACACCGUCUUUGAUUAUGGCAAACUUAGGGUUGGAUUUGCAGAAGCAGCUUAAUGAAAUAAAAAAUACAAGCCAUCCCAACCCCCAACCCCUGUUUCCUUGCUUCCAAAUGUUAUUGUUUAGCGACUUGCCCUUAAGUAGGUCAUGAGCAAAUGAGUGUGUGAAAUUGUGGACCUUAAGGUAUUUCCAAGAGUACAACUUUGUAAAUCUUGGCUUCUCUUUUCGACUAGAUAUGUAGUACUGUAUGUGUAUAUGCUUGUUCGUGAUGUUUUUCCUGUGUGUUAAUAUUUAUCAUUGCGUGAUGCCA